AUGGAGGAGGAGCUGAAGUGCCCCGUGUGCGGCUCCCUGUUCCGGGAGCCCAUCAUCUUGCCCUGUUCCCACAACGUCUGCCUGCCCUGCGCUCGCACCAUCGCGGUGCAGACCCCGGACGGAGAGCAGCACCUGCCGCAGCCGCUCCUGCACUCGCGGGGCUCCGGGCUGCCCGCGGGCGCCGCCGCCUCGCCUUCCCCGGACCCUGAGGCCGCGCCCGGCCCGGCCUGCGGUGGCGGUGGCGGCGGCAGCGGAGGCGCAGCCAGCGGCCCGGGCGGCGGCGGCGGGGACCACGCGGACAAGCUGAGCUUGUACAGCGAGACGGACAGCGGGUACGGCUCGUACACCCCGAGCCUCAAGUCGCCCAACGGGGUGCGGGUGCUGCCCAUGGUGCCCGCGCCGCCCGGCUCCUCGGCCGCCGCCGCCCGGGGCGCCGCCUGCUCCUCGCUGGCCUCGUCCUCCAGCGCCAUCACCUGCCCGCAGUGCCACCGCAGCGCCUCCCUGGACCACCGCGGCCUGCGCGGCUUCCGGCGCAACCGGCUGCUGGAGGCCAUCGUGCAGCGGCACCAGCAGGCCCGCGGGGCGCAGGCGGCGGCGGCCCCGGCCCUGGCCACCUGCCAGCUGUGCGACCGCACCCCGCCCGCGCCGGCCGCCGCGCUCUGCGAGCAGUGCGACGUGCUCUACUGCGCCGCCUGCCAGCUCAAGUGCCACCCGUCCCGGGGGCCCUUCGCCAAGCACCGCCUGGUGCAGCCGCCGCCGCCGCCGCCGCCCGCCGAGGCCGCCUCGGCGUCCCCAUCCCCGACCCCGGGCGCGGCCCCGGGCGCCCCCAGCGCGGGCGGCGGCUGCAGGAGUCCCGGAGGCGCCGCGUCCGGAGCGACCGGCGGCGGCGGCGCGGCCCGCAAGUUCCCCACGUGCCCCGAGCACGAGCUGGAGAACUACAGCAUGUACUGCGUGGGCUGCCGCAGCCCCGUGUGCUACCUGUGCCUGGAGGAGGGCCGGCACGCCCAGCACGAGGUGAAGCCGCUGGGCGCCAUGUGGAAGCAGCACAAGGCCCAGCUGUCCCAGGCCUUGAAUGGUGUUUCCGACAAGGCCAAGGAGGCGAAGGAGUUCCUGGUGCAGCUGAAGAACAUUCUGCAGCAGAUCCAGGAGAACGGACUGGACUAUGAAGCCUGCCUGGUCGCUCAGUGUGACGCGCUGGUCGACGCCCUGACUCGGCAGAAGGCCAAGCUGCUCACCAAGGUCACGAAAGAGAGGGAGCACAAGAUGAAGAUGGUCUGGGACCAGAUCAACCACUGCACGCUGAAGCUGCGCCAGUCCACGGGGCUGAUGGAGUACUGCCUGGAGGUGAUCAAGGAGAACGACCCCGCCGGGUUCCUCCAGAUCUCGGACGCCCUGAUCAAGCGGGUGCAGGUGUCCCAGGAGCAGUGGGUCAAAGGCGCCCUGGAGCCCAAGGUGUCCGCGGAGUUCGACCUGACCUUGGACAGUGAGCCGCUGCUGCAGGCCAUCCACCAGCUGGACUUCAUCCAGAUGAAAUGUAGGGUGCCGCCGGGCCCCCUGCUGCAGCUGGAGAAAUGCUGUACCCGCAACAACAGCGUCACGCUGGCCUGGAGGCUGCCGCCCUUCACCCACAGCCCCGUGGACGGCUACAUCCUGGAGCUGGACGACGGCGACGGGGGGCAGUUCCGGGAGGUGUACGUGGGCAAGGAGACCCUGUGCACGAUCGACGGCCUCCAUUUCAACAGCACCUACAACGCCAGGGUCAAGGCCUUCAACGCGUCCGGCGUCGGGCCUUACAGCAAGACCGUGGUCCUGCAGACGUCCGACGUGGCCUGGUUCACCUUUGACCCCAACUCUGGGCACCGGGACAUCAUUUUGUCCAACGACAACCAGACCGCCACGUGCAGCAGCUACGACGACCGGGUGGUGCUGGGCACGGCGGCCUUCUCCAAGGGCGUGCACUACUGGGAGCUGCACGUGGAUCGCUACGACAACCACCCGGACCCCGCCUUCGGGGUGGCCCGGGCCAGCGUGGUCAAGGACAUGAUGCUGGGCAAGGACGACAAGGCCUGGGCCAUGUACGUGGACAACAACCGCAGCUGGUUCAUGCACUGCAACUCCCACACCAACAGGACGGAAGGCGGCGUGUGCAAGGGGGCCACCGUGGGCGUGCUGCUGGACCUGACGCAGCACACCCUGACCUUCUUCAUCAACGGGCAGCAGCAGGGCCCCACGGCCUUCAGCCACGUGGACGGGGUCUUCAUGCCGGCCCUCAGCCUCAACCGCAACGUGCAGGUCACCCUGCACACUGGACUGGACGUGCCAACCAACCUGGGGCGGCCGAAGCUGGCCGGCAACUAG